AAUUAAAAAUAAAAUCCCGGGAGCAGCCCCGGAGGAUGGGCCGGGCCCCCGCGGUGCCCGACGCGGGGAUGCCCCGGGGCCGGAGCGGGGCCGGGCCGCUGUGAGCGCUCGGGCCGGGGGGGCCGAGCCGGGGUUGCGGGGCCGCCUCCCUCCCUCUCCAUCCAUCCAUCCAUCCCUCCAUCCUUCCCUCCAUCCCUCCCGCCCUGCCCAGCCCUCCGCGCAUCCUCCGGCACCGCCGAGCCGCGCCGGGCCGGGCCGGGGGUCCGAGCCCAGCCCAGUCGCCGGGGCCGAGCCGUGGCGAGCGGGAGGAUGAGGGGCAUCCUCUGCUUCUGCACCCUGGUCCUCCUGGAAGGCAUGGCAGAAGCCGUGGGCUCGAGCAGGGACUGCCUGCAGGCCGGCGAGUCGUGCACCACCGACCCCGUGUGCAGCGCCAAAUUCCGGACCCUGCGGCAGUGCAUCGCCGGGAACGGGGCCAACAAGCUGGGCCCCGACGCCAAGAGCCAGUGCCGGAGCACGGUGACAGCCCUGCUCUCCAGCCAGCUCUACGGCUGCAAGUGCAAGAGGGGCAUGAAGAAGGAGAAGCACUGCCUGAGUGUCUACUGGAGCAUCCACCACACCCUCAUGGAAGGAAUGAAUGUCCUGGAGAGUUCCCCCUACGAGCCGCUCAGCAGGGGCUUCGAUUACGUCCGCCUGGCCUCCAUCACUGCAGGGUCGGAGAACGAGGUGACGCAGGUGAACCGGUGCCUGGACGCGGCCAAGGCCUGCAACGUGGACGAGCUGUGCCAGCGGCUGCGCACGGAGUACGUGUCCCUGUGCAUCCGGCGCCUGGCCCGCGCCGACUCCUGCAACCGCUCCAAGUGCCACAAGGCCCUGCGCCGCUUCUUCGACCGCGUGCCCCCCGAGUACACCCACGAGCUGCUCUUCUGCCCCUGCGACGACACGGCCUGCGCCGAGCGCCGCCGCCAGACCAUCGUCCCCGCCUGCUCCUACGAGGCCAAGGACAAGCCCAACUGCCUGGCGCCGCUGGAUUCCUGCCGGGAAAACUACGUCUGCAGGUCCCGCUAUGCAGAGUUCCAGUUCAACUGCCAGCCCUCCCUGCAGGCUGCCAGCGGGUGCCGGAGGGAGAGCUACGCUGCCUGUCUGCUGGCCUACACUGGCAUCAUAGGCAGCCCCAUCACCCCCAACUACAUCGACAACUCCACGUCCAGCAUCGCUCCCUGGUGCACCUGCAACGCCAGCGGGAACCGGCAGGAAGAGUGUGAGACCUUCCUGCACCUCUUCACCAACAACGUCUGUCUCCAAAACGCCAUCCAGGCCUUCGGCAACGGGACGUACCUGAGCUCGGCCGCGGCCCCCUCCAUCCCCCCCACCACACAGAUGUACAAGCAGGAGCGAAACGCCAACAGGGCCGUGGCCACCCUCCGAGAGAACAUCCUGGAGCACCUCCAGCCCACCAAGGUAGGACAGGGCUGGACCGGCCCCAGGAGAUGCUGGGCCGU